ACCUGAGCUACCUACCUAACCAACAAUUUCUCUCGCCUCGCUGUCCUCCACACCCUAAAUUGCGAUGCAAGUUACCGCCGUGUAAUCCUCGUACUUAUGCGUUGCUCUCUGUCCGAGCGAGAAAGUUCCGAACGCGUCUCGUACAUCCUUACUUGCCUAGGCGGGACCUGCCCGUGCGUGUCGGCCAUUCGCAGACAUAGACGCGGACCGGGACCGAGACAGGGUGCCUGGGUUGCUCGUAAUGCCGAGUGGUUCCCGACCUUCCCUUCUUUUCAUACCUGGCCGUGUCUGAGCCGUGUCAGCGUCUCCGGUCACAGCACACGCCCGCAAGAUGCCGGCCCCACCGUCCGGUCCCUCUGGGGCUAUGCCUGGUGAUGUCGGCGAGAUAGAUGACAUAUCGCUCACCUCCACAGGCGAUGAGGCCAGCGGCGAAGACCAGGAUAAGGAGUGGUUCGUCGAUGACCUGUAUGCUGAGCGCCCCCAUCCCAACCGCCCUGGCGAGAUGCAGUACCUCAUCCGCUGGGACGGCUUCCCCAUGGACCAGUGCACCUGGGAGCCCGCCGAGAAUCUAGGCCCGGGUCUGCUCCUCCAGUGGGAAAAAACGAAGAAGGAUAUCGCUGCUGGGAAGUCUCGGGCAUUUGAUAUCGAGAUAUACAACGCAGCCUAUAGGCUUAGGAUGGAGAGACACCUAAAGCGGAAUGCCAAACGCAAACGUCUCGGUUUACCCCUUACCGAGCCCUUCUCUUCCGAAUCUCCCAUCGACGGUGCCGUCUCGCCGACCACUGAGGGGGAAUUAGAUUUGGAUACCAAGUCCGAUAUUAAGAUUGACGCAAAGCUUAAGGCCAAGUCUAACUCUCGAGAUGCUGAUCCGCAAAAGGCGCCCUCUGCUACCGCAUUGGAGAAUCCCCAGGCCACAGUAGGCGUGGCCCGGCAUGUGAACAAGAUACCCUCGAAGCCUACGUCGCCGCCACCACUGCAACCUAAACCAUCCCAACGUGCCGCGCUGGUGGACUCCGGUGCCAAGGCUGCAGGUAGUACCACAAUAACGGGUUAUCAGGGCACGGCGCGAAAGCCGGGUACGGCCACGAGCCUGACGUCGCCUAGAGCUGGAGUUGGUAAAACAACACAGAAGAGGCCGAAUCUCCCGUCGAAGGCUUUGCUCGGUACAUCGUCACAGCCUCCAAAGUUAUCGACCAGCCUAGCAAACAAAUUUUUGGGUGAACGGCUUACCGCAACUCGUUCUCACCCCCCGCCGGCGGCACCCGCGCCCGUGAGACGGGCCAGUAAUGUGUUUAUUGGGGGCAAGGAACGAAAACGAAGACCAGGCCUUAUCGAUGCCAUGGUAGACCCCUCCAAAACCCCGAAGACAUUCCAUUCCUUGCGUGUCAUGAACAUAGCUAAGAAGAAGGCGAUUGAGAAAAGUGACAAUGCCCCCCUAGACUUUGCCUCAAUCCCGGCUAGUUUCUUCCUGAAAAGCAAUGAGGGCGAUCGCCCCGAUGCAAAUCCGGCCCAAAGCAACGCCCGUCCCGAGCCUGUCGAAACCUCCCCUCUCGUACAAAGCCCAACGGAGAUGUCGCCACUCGACUCGGGCGUGGCUGCGCCAGUGUCUAAGGUAAAGAAGUCCGUUCGCUUCAUUGUCCCCGGAGACAUCGAAGUGGCGGACGAGACGAUGGGUGGGACGGUAGAGGUUGCUCAUGACACUGCUGUCUCGGCCGGAGAACCAGGACGUGCCGUCCGGUUCUCUGUAGACCUUCCAGCGGUGCCAAAGAAGCUUUCUUUAACUACUUAUCAAGAAAGUAGACAGACGCAGGUCGUGUCGAAGACAGUUGUGUUCGGGGAGGCCGGGUCUGAUCCGGUAAAGGUUGUGUUCGAUGGCAUAACCCGCCAGAACCAGCCGUGGUUGCCGGCCUUCAUCGGUCGACCAAAACUCCACUUCGGCACCAUCUGUGCUGCCUCUAAUUUUGUCGUUCAAAAAUCCGACCUAGUGGGAGAAAUACUCUCCGCCGGAGCUAUAGAGCCGGCGUUGCCCGACACCAUCCCCGCCUUGAAGAAUGUGAUAGCACAUCUACGCCGCGGCCCCUAUGGGUGCCACCUGGUCGCCGAGGAAUUCUCGGUCCUCGUCUAUCCGCCGGCCUGUGACGGCUGGAAGGGGCUUAGCGUCGAGAGAGACAGGAGUAACUCCGAGUCCCUACAGUUUAUGAUUUAUAGGUCCCCGGUCAACCCCAAACUUUAUCCCCCAGCAUCGAUCCCUGGUGCUCCGGCUCAUCCAACCCGCACGGAACAUGGACUGCACUGCCGGCUCCUACUCCGGGACUUUUUCGGCAUGGACUUCUCCCACAUGCUCCCUCAGGAGUCUAAAAGGAUGGACAGCCAAGUCUUCAUGCUGAUGUUCCCCGAGAGAGAGGCCCAGGUGUGCAACAUGGUCAAGCUUUGGCUCCGUUCUUGUCAACCAAAUUGUCGGGUUUUCUCUUUAGAGAUAGAGGACAGCUGGGCUAAGUUUCACGAGGUGGUGAGGGCUGGAGCAGCGGGCACGAUCAUUUUGCAUGAAGAUAUGGCUGCCACUAUUCGAAAAAUACCGCGCGUGUUUCAGAUGAUCGACAACAAACGCUGCUAUACCUUCUGGAGCCUUGCCACGGGCCAGUACGACCCGCCGAGGUUCCCCUCUAAUAUCGAUGCUAGCAUCGAACCUGGGACGCUUCAGAUGACUCGGUUAUUUCCCCUCGGCCGGGCAUUUCUGGUCACUCCUAGCUUCGCACUUUCGGAUCCCGUCAGGCUCUGCGAAUUUCUAAAAUGGUUCCUGCGCUAUUGCGCUAACCUUCGCUAUCUCAUAGUCGCAUGUGCUAAUUUCCCCGACUACCUAAAAGCCAUCACGCUCGAGAAGGAACGAGAGCGCCACGAAUUUAGUUCGCGACAUAAGGACGAUCCCAAGCUCGAGGACAUGCUCGGGGGCUUGGGCCUGCGUCACAGCGAUAUCCAGGCAAGGUUCGAGGCGUGGAAACUUUUGAACGACAUCAUGCAGCAAUUUGGAGACGAGGAAACCAGCGAAGAUAUACGGAAGGUGGAGUGGAUCACGGAUCAAAUCGACCCGAAUGACGAGCAGAGCUUGGUGAACUGGUUUUGCUGGUGGUCUAGCGCCAAAUGCGAUCGCUACCGCAAGUUUACCGUGCUCGGCUCGAGCGUCAGCCGGAACAAAGCAGCCUAUAGAAACAUUCGGCUUCCCGUGUAUACGGACGAAACGGUGAGCGACCCCGACAUAGCCCUGGCUCGCGAGGACCAGAAGCGUCGAGCGAGGGAGGCGGUCGAGGAGGCCGAGAGCGCGAAGCAAUUCGAUCCGAUGCCCGCCACGUCCCCCGAGUCAGCGAAUUCCAAACCCGUAUUCCCUCGAACCGUUUCGCAGCCGUCUCAAGGCGAUCGAGCGGUCGACUUCAUCAACUGGAUUGCCUUCUCCCUCCGAUCUAGGACAGCGGGUUGGGCUAGGCUAUGUGGCAAUCCGGUGUCGUGGCUGGAUGUGUCGAUGGCGGAUCACUUUGGCGACCCGAGAUGUGAAUUCGACACGUUCAAGAACUGGCUGGGGAGGGCCCCGAAGUUUUUCGGACGUACGAAUACUUGGUAUGGUCUGUUCUAUACUAUCGACACGGAAUGGAACCUCAACGUGCCGGCGGAAUUAUACGGGCGCCACCCUUGGAUCGCGGUGGUGCGACCGGCCAACCCGCAUUUGUCGAAGUAUUAUGAGAAGAUACAGCUUUUUAUCUGGGAUUUAUCGGCUCAGGAUAGGGAGAAUAGCCGCGGGCAUACGUCGCUUCUCCUCGACAUGCAGAAGCACCUGGUAGACGUGGUUAGGGAGGAGAUUACGACGAAAAACAAACGGUACUAUCUCGACCAAGUCUACAUCGCUAGCACGACGAAACUGAAGCGCCUGCCGAGCGAGACGGCAGUAGAAUUUACCCGCCGUAGGCUCCUGGAAAUGCUGGACGAUGGCAAAUCCUGGCUACCCCCUUUUGACCACCUUAUGUCCUCUGUCGGAUGGAUAAGCCUCCCCAAGUCGGAGUGGCAACAGGGCAUGACUACUAAGCUCGCGGAGGCCCAAUCGGUGCAGCGGCGAAGGAGCUUCCCGAGGCAUGCUGGCGACGAAGACAAACCGCAGAGGUUGAUCUGGCACGCGCCGCGGCCGAAAACGCAGGGGGAGAAGUCUAAGUGCAUCAACAACCUGUACGAAGCCGCGUUUCGCGUCCGGGAGAAGGACGGAUCGCGCCAAGGCAUGCGGUAUCAAUACAAACCCACGCUAGAGUGGUAUCACGACAUGAAAGCGGAGGGCCGGGAUUCCAGCCAGGUGAACGUGGAUAGCGCGGACAGGAUCUUGUCUCGGCUACGUCAGAAGAGGCCGUAACGCUUGUCACGACGGCAACGACUCGGCUAUACAUACGAUGCGCGGUUUUUUUUGCACGCGGAUGGACUACAGGUUUAUUUUAUUGUUGGGAUACUGGAGAGGGCGGGCG